UGCCUUCCAGUUGCUAGCUCACUUGUCUGCCUGCGAGUAGAAACAUUUAGUUUGGUGGGGAUAGUAGCAGUCGAGGUAGCAGCAGUAGGGUCCUCGUGUGCUGUUUGCCUUCCAGUUGCUAGCUCACUUGUCUGCCUGCGAGUAGAAAUUUUUAGUUUGGUGGGGAUAGUAGCAGUCGAGGUAGCAGCAGUAGGGUCCUCAUGUGUUGUUUGCCUUCCAGUUGCUAGCUCACUUGUCUGCCUGCGCUGAUUGAGGUAUGUCAAUGAGUAGCAGAUCGCUGCGAGAAGUAACGAUGCCAUUAGUAAAAGCCGAUGGAUCUUUCUUUUAACUAGUGCCAUUGCAGGGGAAGAUUCUAGCCUAGUUUAGCUAUCGCGGUGUCUGCUGU